GCCAUGCAUUGGAAAUGUGUGGCCUUAUAUUUUCUUACUUUGUUUGUUGUCAAUAAGGUCAAGGCAAGACUGGUCAGCAACCAUGUCAGCAGUAUCUGCAGCACAUGGGGAAGAGAGCACUUCAAGACAUUUGACGGAGACAUUUACCAAUUUUCUGGCACAUGCGAGUACAACCUUGCCUCAGACUGCCACAUGGCCAUGCAGGAGUUUGCGGUGCACAUGAGGAGGCAGCAGAAUGAUGGGAACCCGACUGUCAGCUAUGUGGUGGUCACCAUCAACGAUCUUGCUUUUCACAUCACCAAGGAAGGGGUCACAGUAAAUGGCCAACCGGUCUCAUUGCCAUACUAUAACAGCGGAGUUCAAGUGGAAAAUAAUGCCAUCUACAUCAAACUGCAGUCUAAAGUUGGCCUUGUUGUCAUGUGGAAUAGAGAUGAUGCAAUCAUGGUGGAAGUUGAUCGUGACUAUGCUAAUCGCACUUGUGGACUCUGUGGCGACUACAACGGCGUUCCUAUCGAAAAUGAGUUGUUACAUGAUGAGCGAAUGAUCAGCUACAUAGAGUUUGGUAACAAACAGAAGGUUCAUAACCCAAAUGAUGAAUGUGAGGACCCGUCUGAGGAGUAUGGAGAAGAGCUUGAUGUUUCAGCUGUGGAUUCAUGCGAAAAAUUUAGAAUGACUUGCAACCAGAUGCUGCGUUCAGACUCUUGGAGUCAUUGCACCCAACUUAUUAACCCUGCUCCCUAUGUGGAAGCUUGUAUGCAGGACAUGUGUGGCUGCAACAACAGCACAAAUGACACUUGUGUCUGUAGCACACUGUCCGAGUUCUCUCGACAGUGUUCCCAUGCUGGUGGAGUGCCUCCCAACUGGAGAAUGCCAUUGUUCUGUGCCAAGCAGUGCCCUUACAAUAUGGUGUAUGAAGAGAGCGGUUCUCCAUGCAUGGACACGUGCACACACAUGGAUACCAGUUCACUGUGCGAGGACCACCGAAUGGAUGGCUGUUUCUGUCCUCCUGGCACUGUGUUUGAUGACAUUUCCAUGAGAGGAUGCAUUAAUCAAUCAGAAUGUCAGUGUAAGCAUGGCAAAAUCUACAACUCUAGUGAGGGCUACCAACGGGACAGAGAGAUAUGUACAUGUUUUCAGGGCAGAUGGUCCUGUGAGUAUCUUCCGGGUCCAUCUACAUGUGCAGUGGAGGAGGGUUCUCACAUAACGACCUUCGAUGGCAAAUCUUACACUUUCCAUGGAGAUUGUUAUUACACACUAGCCAAGGAUGGCUUCAGUCCCAGCUUUACCAUUCAGGUGCAGUUAGCACCUUGUACAAACCAAAAGUUUGACACUUGUCUCAAGGCACUUAAAAUUCUGCUGAACAAUGACAGAAACAAUGUGUUGAUGUUUAUAUCUGAUGGAACAGUAAAACAGAAUCAGCAAACCAUCACUUUGCCGUACCAUACAGUGGACAUCAUCGUUUUCCAUGCCUCAUCUUUUCACAUCUUGCUACAUACCAGUUUUGGGCUGCAGAUUCAGAUUCAGCAUGUGCCUCUUAUGCAAGUGUAUGUGCGUUUGGACGAGAGCUACAAUGGAAAGACACGUGGUUUAUGUGGCAACUACAACCUGGUCAUGUCUGAUGACUGGAAAACUCCUCAGGGGAUUGUCGAGGGCACGGCAACCACAUUCAGUAACACCUGGAAAUCGAGCCUCAUGUGCAGAGACACAAGGGAAAGACUGGAUGACCCCUGUUCUCUCAGUGUGGAAAACGACUUGUAUGCCAAACAUUGGUGUGCCUUGCUGUUGCAACCAAAUAGCACGUUUGGACAGUGCCAUUCAUUAGUGGACCCUGAGGUGUACUACAAGAGGUGCACUUACGCCAGCUGUAAUUGUGACAAGAGUGAAGCCUGCCUUUGUGCUGUCUUCUCCUCCUAUGCUCGAGCUUGUGCAUCAAGGGGAGUCUUUCUGAUGGAUUGGAGAGCCCAUUUGUGUGACAAAUAUACAAGGACCUGCCCAGUAUCACAGAUCUUCUCAUACAAGCAUCAACGGUGCGAGCUGACCUGCAGAUCGCUGAGUUCAACAAUGCAGACUUGCUCCUCUGACUUCCUCCCGGUGGACGGCUGCUCCUGCCCCGAAGGUCAAUACCUCGAUGAACACGGUAUCUGCAUUCUCAAAGAAAAGUGUCCGUGUUAUCACAAUGAGGCCAUCAUCCAGCCAGGAAAGUCUAUCAAUAUCAAGGAUGAACACUGUGUUUGCAGUAACGGGGUGCUCCAUUGUCAUUCUUGGAGAGCCCGCUCAGCAAGAUGUCCCCCACACAAAGUGUACUUCAACUGCUCUGAGCCUGGCUCAGGACAACUUGGAGUCCAGUGUGCACCAACUUGUUUAAAUCUGGACAGCGAUGAUUGUGACUCCAAUGACUGUGAAUCAGGUUGUCAGUGUCCAGAUGGCCUUUUUGAUGAUGGCAAAGGCUUCUGUGUCGAAAAGUCACAAUGUCCAUGUAAACACGAUGGAAUAUUCUACGCUCCUGGGAAACAAAUUCCAAAUCAAUGCAACACAUGUACCUGCAGAAGUGGAAAAUGGCAGUGCACAGAGGAAAAAUGCCCAGGAACCUGCAUUAUUUAUGGAAGUGGUCAUUAUAAUACAUUUGAUCAGCGAACAUAUGGCUUUCAGGGACAUUGCAGCUAUGUUGCAGUCAAGAACAAAUGUGGCAAUAAAACAGCACAGGAUAGCAUUGGAGUUAUCACAGAGAAUGUACCAUGUGGCACAACAGGCACCACGUGCUCAAAAACUGUCCGAAUCCAAUUGGGGCGAAUGGAAAUCAAACUAUUCAAAGGGAAAUAUGAAGAAGUGGACCUGGGAGAAGGUAGUCAGAUCAAGUACACAAUCAGGACAGUUGGCAUGUAUCUGGUCGUAGAAUCGGUUGUUGGUAUGGCAGUGAUGUGGGAUCGCAAAACAACUGUCCGCAUCCUCUUGGAACCUCAGCACAGUGGAGAAGUGUGUGGCCUGUGUGGAGACUUCAAUGGCAAUGAACAAAAUGACUUCACCACUCAGGAUCAGCUUUUGGUGACCAAUGUGUUAGAAUUUGCAAACAGCUGGAAAACAAGCAGCAAUUGCCCAAAUGUAGAAACAAAUGUCAACCCAUGUUCGGUAACACCCAGUCGUCACCACUGGUCCAAAAUGAUGUGCAGCAUUAUAGUUGGAGAAACAUUCAAAGCGUGUCAUAAUACGGUGGAUCCACUUCCAUUUUAUGAAAACUGUGUAAAAGACUCCUGUGCCUGUGACACUGGUGGCGACUGUGAAUGUUUCUGCACAGCGGUUGCAGCCUAUGCUCAAGCUUGCAAUGAAGCCGGUGUAUGUGUUGCAUGGAGAACACCAGACAUCUGCCCCGUCUACUGUGAUUACUACAACAACCCAAAUGAAUGUCGUUGGCACUACAACCCAUGUCAUCAGCCUUGCUACAAGACCUGUUUGAAUCUAGAGGGAAUUUGUAGCAACCCUUUACCCAACCUGGAAGGUUGUUAUCCUGUUUGUCCAGAAGAUAAGCCAAUAUUUGAUGAGGAACAACAAAUAUGUGUUGAGGAAUGUGAAGGUUGCUUUUACAAUGGGACAAGAUAUGAUGAAUAUGAAGUUAUUUAUAAUGUUACUGACAACCUUGGAAUGUGCUACUAUGCAAUUUGUAUAAAUAGAACUGUAAUAUUUGGAAAUGAAACCUGCUCCCCGACAGCAGCUCCUCCUACAACAACACCUGUAAUAUUUACUACAAGUGAAGAACAAAGCACUACGUUCACAAAACCUACAGUUCCUCCAACUACUCCUGAAGGAUAUACGUCUACCAAACAAGUGACAACAAGACCCACUUUAAGUUCAACAACAAUUGAAAUUGAAACCGAAAGCACAGAAACCCCAGCAACUGCACCUGUCAUUACUGCAGCAUCUACAACUGUAACAAAAUCAACAAGAACAACAGCAGGACGUACUACGACAACUGAAGGACCAACAACUACAACUAAAUCUACAACCACACCUGUAGAACCAACCACUACAACGGAAGGUCCAACUACUACCACUAAAGCUACAACAACACCUGUCGGACCCACCACUACAAGAGAAGGUCCAGUUACGACAGCUAAAUUGACAACAACACCAGCAGGACCGAGCACAACCACGGAAGGUCCAAAUACUACAACUAGAACUCCAACCACACCACCAGGUCACACCACUACAACAGAAGGUCCAACUACUACGAUUAAAUCUACAACAACAUCCGCAGGACCAAGCACAACGACAGAAGGUCCAACUACUACCACUAAAGCUACAACAACACCUGUAGGACCCACCACUACAAGAGAAAGUCCAACUACAACAACAAAAUCUACAACACCUGCAGGACCGAGCACAACCACGGAAGGUCCAACUACUACAACUAGAACUCCAACCACACCACCAGGUCACACCACUACAACAGAAGGUCCAACUACUACGACUAAAUCUACAACAACAUCGGCAGGACCAAGUACAACGACAGAAGGUCCAACUACUACAACUAAAGCUACAACAACACCAGCAGGACCGAGCACAACGACAGAAGGUCCAACUACUACCACUAAAGCUAAAACCACACCACCAGGACCCACCACUACAACGGAAAGUCCAACAACUACAACUAAAUCUAUAACUACACCUGCAGGGCCCACCACUACAACAGAAGGUCUAACAACAACAACAGAAUUGACAACAACACCAGCAGGACCCAGCACAACCACGGAAGGUCCAACUAUUACAACUAGAACUCCAACCACACCACCAGUUCACACCACUACAACAGAAGGUCCAACUACUACGACUAAAUCUACAACAACAUCCGCAGGACCAAGCACAACGACAGAAGGUCCAACUACUACCACUAAAGCUACAACAACACCUGUAGGACCCACCACUACAAGAGAAAGUCCAACAACAACAACAAAAUCUACAACACCUGCAGGACCGAGCACAACCACGGAAGGUCCAACUACUACAACUAGAACUCCAACCACACCGCCAGGUCACACCACGACAACAGAAGGUCCAACUACUACGAUUAAAUCUAAAACAACAUCCGCAGGACCAAGCACAACGACAGAAGGUCCCACUACUACCACUAAAGCUACAACAACACCUGUCGGACCCACCACUACAAGAGAAGGUCCAACGACAACAACAAAAUCUACAACACUUGCAGGACCUAGCACAACCACGGAAGGUCCAACUACUACAACUAGAACUCCAACCACCCCCCCAGGGCACACCACUACAACAGAAGGUCCAACUACUACGACUAAAUCUACAACAACAUCCGCAGGACCAAGCACAACGACAGAAGGUCCAACUACUACCACUAAAGCUACAACAACACCUGUAGGACCCACCACUACAAGAGAAGGUCCAACUACAACAACAAAAUCUACAACAUCUGCAGGACCAAGCACAACCACGGAAGGUCCAACUACUACAACUAGAACUCCAACCACACUACCAGCUCACACCACUACAACAGAAGGUCCCACUACUACCACUAAAUCUACCACAACAACCGCAGGACCAAGCACAACGACAGAAGGUCCAACUACUACCACUAAAGCUACAACAACACCAGCAGGACCCACCACUACAAUGGAAAGUCCAACAACUACAACUAAAUCUAUAACCACACCUGCAGGGCCCACCACUACAACAGAAGGUCUAACAACAACAACAGAAUUGACAACAACACCAGCAGGACCCAGCACAACCACGGAAGGUCCAACUACUACAACUAGAACUCCAACCACACCACCAGGUCACACCACUACAACAGAAGGUCCAACUACUACGACUAAAUCUACAACAACAUCCGCAGGACCAAGCACAACUACAGAAGGUCCAACUAUUACCACUAAAGCUACAACAACACCUGUAGGACCCACCACUACAAGAGAAAGUCCAACAACAACAAAAUCUACAACACCUGCAGGACCGAGCACAACCACGGAAGGUCCAACUACUACAACUAGAACUCCAACCACACCGCCAGGUCACACCACUACAACAGAAGGUCCAACUACAACAACAAAAUCUACAACACCUGCAGGACCGAGCACAACCACGGAAGGUCCAACUACUACAACUAGAACUCCAACCACACCCCCAGGGCACACCACUACAACAGAAGGUCCAACUACAACAACAAAAUCUACAACACCUGCAGGACCAAUCACAACCACGGAAGGUCCAACUACUACAACUAAAUCUACAACAACAUCCGCAGGACCAAGUACAACGACAGAAGGUCCAACUACUACCACUAAAGCUACAACAACACCAGCAGGACCGAGCACAACGACAGAAGGUCCAACUACUACCACUAAAGCUAAAACCACACCACCAGGACCCACCACUACAACGGAAAGUCCAACAACUACAACUAAAUCUAUAACUACACCUGCAGGGCCCACCACUACAACAGAAGGUCUAUCAAAAACAACAGAAUUGACAACAACACCAGCAGGACCCAGCACAACCACGGAAGGUCCAACUACUACAACUAGAACUCCAACCACACCACCAGGUCACACCACUACAACAGAAAGUCCAACUACUACGACUAAAUCUACAAAAACAUCCACAGGACCAAGCACAACGACAGAAGGUCCCACUACUACCACUAAAGCUACAACAACACCUGUAGGACCCACCACUACAAGAGAAGGUCCAACUACAACAACAAAAUCUACAACAUCUGCAGGACCAAGCACAACCACGGAAGGUCCAACUACUACAACUAAAACUCCAACCACACUACCAGGUCACACCACUACAACAGAAGGUCCCACUACUACCACUAAAUCUACCACAACAACCGCAGGACCAAGCACAACGACAGAAGGUCCAACUACUACCACUAAAGCUACAACAACACCAGCAGGACCCACCACUACAAUGGAAAGUCCAACAACUACAACUAAAUCUAUAACCACACCUGCAGGGCCCACCACUACAACAGAAGGUCUAACAACAACAACAGAAUUGACAACAACACCAGCAGGACCCAGCACAACCACGGAAGGUCCAACAACUACAACUAGAACUCCAACCACACCACCAGGUCACACCACUACAACAGAAGGUCCAACUACUACGACUAAAUCUACAACAACAUCUGCAGGACCAAGCACAACGACAGAAGGUCCAACUACUACCACUAAAGCUACAACAACACCUGUAGGACCCACCACUACAAGAGAAAGUCCAACAACAACAACAAAAUCUACAACACCUGCAGGACCGAGCACAACCACGGAAGGUCCAACUACUACAACUAGAACUCCAACCACACCGCCAGGUCACACCACUACAACAGAAGGUCCAACUACUACGAUUAAAUCUACAACAACAUCCGCAGGACCAAGCACAACGACAGAAGGUCCCACUCCUACCACUAAAGCUACAACAACACCUGUAGGACCCACCACUACAAGUGAAGGUCCAACGACAACAACAAAAUCUACAACACUUGCAGGACCUACCACAACCACGGAAGGUCCAACUACUACAACUAGAACUCCAACCACACUACCAGGUCACACCACUACAACAGAAGGUCCCACUACUACCACUAAAUCUACCACAACAACCGCAGGACCAAGCACAACGACAGAAGGUCCAACUACUACCACUAAAGCUACAACAACACCAGCAGGACCGAGCACAACGACAGAAGGUCCAACUACUACCACUAAAGCUAAAACCACACCACCAGGACCUACCACUACAACGGAAAGUCCAACAACUACAACUAAAUCUAUAACUACACCUGCAGGGCCCACCACUACAACAGAAGGUCUAACAACAACAACAGAAUUGACAACAACACCAGCAGGACCCAGCACAACCACGGAAGGUCCGACUACUACAACUAGAACGCCAACCACACCACCAGGUCACACCACUACAACAGAAGGUCCAACUACUACGACUAAAUCUACAACAACAUCCGCAGGACCAAGCACAACGACAGAAGGUCCAACUACUACCACUAAAGCUACAACAACACCUGUAGGACCCACCACUACAAGAGAAAGUCCAACAACAAAAUCUACAACACCUGCAGGACCGAGCACAACCACGGAAGGUCCAACUACUACAACUAGAACUCCAACCACACCGCCAGGUCACACCACUACAACAGAAGGUCCAACUACUACGACUAAAUCUACAACAACAUCCGCAGGACCAAGCACAACGACAGAAGGUCCAAUUACUACCACUAAAGCUACAACAACACCUGUAGGACCCACCACUACAAGAGAAGGUCCAACUACAACAACAAAAUCCACAACACCUGCAGGACCGAGCACAACCACGGAAGGUCCAACUACUACAACUAGAACUCCAACCACACCACCAGGUCACACCACUACAACAGAAGGUCCAACUACUACAAUUAAAUCUACAACAACAUCCGCAGGUCCAAGCACAACGACAGAAGGUCAAACUACUACCACUAAAGCUACAACAACACCUGUAGGACCCACCACUACAACAGAAGGUCCAACUACUACGACUAAAUCUACAACAACAACCGCAGGACCAAGCACAACAACAGAAGGUCCAACUACUACCACUAAAGCUACAACAACACCUGUAGGACCCACCACUACAACCAAAAGUCCAACAACUACAACUAAAUCUACAACCACAACCCCAGGACCCACGACUACAACGGAAAGUCCAACAACUACAACUAAAUCUACAACCACACCUGCAGGGCCAACCACUACAACAGAAGGUCUAACAACAACAACGGAAUUGACAACAACACCAGCAGGACCGAGCACAACAACGGAAGGUCCAACUCCUUCAACCACAACUUCAAACACACCCCCAGGGCACACCACUACAACAGAAGGUCCAACUACUACAACUAAAUCUACAACAACAUCCGCAGGACCAAGCACAACGACAGAAGGUCCAACUACUACCACUAAAGCUACAACAACACCUGUAGGACCCACCACUACAAGAGAAAGUCCAACUACAACAACAAAAUCUACAACACCUGCAGGACCGAGCACAACCACGGAAGGUCCAACUACUACAACUAGAACUCCAACCACACCACCAGGUCACACCACUACAACAGAAGGUCCAACUACUACGACUAAAUCUAAAACAACAUCCGCAGGACCAAGCACAACGACAGAAGGUCCAACUACUACCACUAAAGCUACAACAACACCUGUAGGACCCACCACUACAAGAGAAAGUCCAACAACAAAAUCUACAACACCUGCAGGACCGAGCACAACAACGGAAGGUCCAACUACUACAACUAGAACUCCAACCACACCGCCAGGUCACACCACUACAACAGAAGGUCCAACUACUACGACUAAAUCUACAACAACAUCCGCAGGACCAAGCACAACGACAGAAGGUCCAACUACUACCACUAAAGCUACAACAACACCUGUAGGACCCACCACUACAAGAGAAGGUCCAACUACAACAACAAAAUCGACAACACCUGCAGGACCGAGCACAACCACGGAAGGUCCAACUACUACAACUAGAACUCCAACCACACCACCAGGUCACACCACUACAACAGAAGGUCCAACUACUACGAUUAAAUCUACAACAACAUCCGCAGGACCAAGCACAACGACAGAAGGUCAAACUACUACCACUAAAGCUACAACAACACCUGUAGGACCCACCACUACAACAGAAGGUCCAACUACUACAACUAAAUCUACAACAACAACCGCAGGACCAAGCACAACAACAGAAGGUUCAACUACUACCACUAAAGCUACAACAACACCUGUAGGACCCACCACUACAAGACAAGGUCCAACUACAACAACAAAAUCGACAACACCUGCAGGACCGAGCACAACCACGGAAGGUCCAACUACUACAACUAGAACUCCAUCCACACCACCAGGUCACACCACUACAACAGAAGGUCCAACUACUACGAUUAAAUCUACAACAACAUCCGCAGGACCAAGCACAACGACAGAAGGUCCAACUACUACCACUAAAGCUACAACAACACCUGUAGGACCCACCACUACAAGAGCAGGUCCAACUACAACAACAAAAUCGACAACACCUGCAGGACCGAGCACAACCAUGGAAGGUCCAACUACUACAACUAGAACUCCAACCACACCACCAGGUCACACCACUACAACAGAAGGUCCAACUACUACGACUAAAUCUACAACAACAUCCGCAGGACCAAGCACAACGACAGAAGGUCCAACUACUACCACUAAAGCUACAACAACACCUGUAGGACCCACCACUACGAGAGAAGGUCCAACUACAACAACAAAAUCGACAACACCUGCAGGACCGAGCACAACCACGGAAGGUCCAACUACUACAACUAGAACUCCAACCACACCACCAGGUCACACCACAACAACAGAAGGUCCAACUACUACGAUUAAAUCUACAACAACAUCCGCAGGACCAAGCACAACGACAGAAGGUCAAACUACUACCACUAAAGCUACAACAACACCUGUAGGACCCACCACUACAACAGAAGGUCCAACUACUACGACUAAAUCUACAACAACAACCGCAGGACCAAGCACAACAACAGAAGGUCCAACUACUACCACUAAAGCUACAACAACACCUGUAGGACCCACCGCUACAACCAAAAGUCCAACAACUACAACUAAAUCUACAACCACACCCCCAGGACCCACGACUACAACGGAAAGUCCAACAACUACAACUAAAUCUACAACCACACCUGCAGGGCCCACCACUACAACAGAAGUUCUAACAACAACAACGGAAUUGACAACAACACCAGCAGGACCGAGCACAACAACGGAAGGUCCAACUCCUUCAACUACAACUUCAACCACACCCCCAGGGCACACCACUACAACAGAAGGUCCAACUACUACAACUAAAUCUACAACAACAUCCGCAGGACCAAGCACAACGACAGAAGGUCCAACUACUACCACUAAAGCUACAACAACACCUGUAGGACCCACCACUACAAGAGAAAGUCCAACUACAACAACAAAAUCUACAACACCUGCAGGACCGAGCACAACCACGGAAGGUCCAACUACUACAACUAGAACUCCCACCACACCACCAGGUCACACCACUACAACAGAAGGUCCAACUAGUACGAUUAAAUCUACAACAAGAUCCGCAGGACCAAGCACAACGACAGAAGGUCCAAUUACUACCACUAAAGCUACAACAACACCUGUAGGACCCACCACUACAAGAGAAGGUCCAACUACAACAACAAAAUCGACAACACCUGCAGGACCGAGCACAACCACGGAAGGUCCAACUACUACAACUAGAACUCCAACCACACCACCAGGUCACACCACUACAACAGAAGGUCCAACUACUACGACUAAAUCUACAACAACAUCUGCAGGACCAAGCACAACGACAGAAGGUCCGACUACUACCAUUAAAGCUACAACAACACCUGUAGGACCCACCACUACAAGAGAAGGUCCAACUACAACAACAAAAUCGACAACACCUGCAGGACCGAGCACAACCACGGAAGGUCCAACUACUACAACUAGAACUCCAUCCACACCACCAGGUCACACCACUACAACAGAAGGUCCAACUACUACCACUAAAGCUACAACAACACCUGUAGGACCCACCACUACAACAGAAGGUCCAACUACUACGAUUAAAUCUACAACAACAUCCGCAGGACCAAGCACAACGACAGAAGGUCCAACUACUACCACUAAAGCUACAACAACACCUGUAGGACCCACCACUACAAGAGAAGGUCCAACUACAACAACAAAAUCUACAACACCUGCAGGACCGAGCACAACCACGGAAGGUCCAACUACUACAACUAGAACUCCAACCACACCACCAGGUCACACCACUACAACAGAAGGUCCAACUACUACGACUAAAUCUACAACAACAUCCGCAGGAGCAAGCACAACGACAGAAGGUCCGACUACUACCAUUAAAGCUACAACAACACCUGUAGGACCCACCACUACAAGAGAAGGUCCAACUACAACAACAAAAUCGACAACACCUGCAGGACCGAGCACAACCACGGAAGGUCCAACUACUACAACUAGAACUCCAACCACACCACCAGGUCACACCACUACAACAGAAGGUCCAACUACUACGACUAAAUCUACAACAACAUCCGCAGGACCAAGCACAACGACAGAAGGUCCCACUACUACCACUAAAGCUACAACAACACCUGUAGGACCCACCACUACAAGAGAAGGUCCAACUACAACAACAAAAUCGACAACACCUGCAGGACCGAGCACAACCACGGAAGGUCCAACUACUACAACUAGAACUCCAACCACACCACCAGGUCACACCACUACAACAAAAGGUCCAACUACUACGACUAAAUCUACAACAACAUCCGCAGGACCAAGCACAACGACAGAAGGUCCAACUACUACCACUAAAGCUACAACAACAACUGUAGGACCCACCACUACAAGAGAAGGUCCAACUACAACAACAAAAUCGACAACACCUGCAGGACCGAGCACAACCACGGAAGGUCCAACUACUACAACUAGAACUCCAACCACACCACCAGGUCACACCACUACAACAAAAGGUCCAACUACUACGACUAAAUCUACAACAACAUCCGCAGGACCAAGCACAACGACAGAAGGUCCAACUACUACCACUAAAGCUACAACAAUACCUGUAGGACCCACCACUACAACAGAAGGUCCAACUACUACGACUAAAUCUACAACAACAACCGCAGGACCAAGCACAACAACAGAAGGUCCAACUACUACCACUAAAGCUACAACAACAACUGUAGGACACACCGCUACAACCAAAAGUCCAACAACUACAACUAAAUCUACAACCACACCCCCAGGACCCACGACUACAACGGAAAGUCCAACAACGACAACUAAAUCUACAACCAAAACUGCAGGGCCUACCACUACAACAGAAGGUCUGACAACAACAACGGAAUUGACAACAACACCAGCAGGACCGAGCACAACAACGGAAGGUCCAACUCCUUCAACUACAACUUCAACCACACCCCCAGGUCACACCACUAUAACAGAAGGCCCAACUACUACGAUUAAAUCUCCAACAACAUCCGCAGGACCAAGCACAACGACAGAAGGUCCCACUACUACCACUAAAGCUACAACAACACCUGUAGGACCCACCACUACAAGAGAAGGUCCAACUACAACAACAAAAUCUACAACACCUGCAGGACCGAGCACAACCACGGAAGGUCCAACUACUACAACUAGAACUCCAACCACACCACCAGGUCACACCACUACAACAGAAGGUCCAACUACUACGACUAAAUCUACAACAACAUCCGCAGGACCAAGCACAACGACAGAAGGUCCAACUACUACCACUAAAGCUACAACAACAACUGUAGGACCCACCACUACAAGAGAAGGUCCAACUACAACAACAAAAUCGACAACACCUGCAGGACCGAGCACAACCACGGAAGGUCCAACUACUACAACUAGAACUCCAACCACACCACCAGGUCACACCACUACAACAAAAGGUCCAACUACUACGACUAAAUCUACAACAACAUCCGCAGGACCAAGCACAACGACAGAAGGUCCAACUACUACCACUAAAGCUACAACAAUACCUGUAGGACCCACCACUACAACAGAAGGUCCAACUACUACGACUAAAUCUACAACAACAACCGCAGGACCAAGCACAACAACAGAAGGUCCAACUACUACCACUAAAGCUACAACAACAACUGUAGGACACACCGCUACAACCAAAAGUCCAACAACUACAACUAAAUCUACAACCACACCCCCAGGACCCACGACUACAACGGAAAGUCCAACAACGACAACUAAAUCUACAACCAAAACUGCAGGGCCUACCACUACAACAGAAGGUCUGACAACAACAACGGAAUUGACAACAACACCAGCAGGACCGAGCACAACAACGGAAGGUCCAACUCCUUCAACUACAACUUCAACCACACCCCCAGGUCACACCACUAUAACAGAAGGCCCAACUACUACGACUAAAUCUACAACAACAUCCGCAGGACCAAGCACAACGACAGAACGUCCAACUACUACCACUAAAGCUACAACAACACCUGUAGGACCCACCACUACAAGAGAAGGUCCAACUACAACAACAAAAUCGACAACACCUGCAGGACCGAGCACAACCACGGAAGGUCCAACUACUACAACUAGAACUCCAACCACACCACCAGGUCACACCACUACAACAGAAGGUCCAACUACUACGACUAAAUCUACAACAACAUCAGCAGGACCAAGCACAACGACAGAAGGUCCAACUACUACCACUAAAGCUACAACAACACCUGUAGGACCCACCACUACGAGAGAAGGUCCAACUACAACAACAAAAUCGACAACACCUGCAGGACCGAGCACAACCACGGAAGGUCCAACUACUACAACUAGAACUCCAACCACACCACCAGGUCACACCACUACAACAGAAGGUCCAACUACUACGAUUAAAUCUACAACAACAUCCGCAGGACCAAGCACAACGACAGAAGGUCCAACUACUACCACUAAAGCUACAACAACACCUGUAGGACCCACCACUACAACAGAAGGUCCAACUACUACGACUAAAUCUACAACAACAACCGCAGGACCAAGCACAACAACAGAAGGUCCAACUACUACCACUAAAGCUACAACAACAACUGUAGGACCCACCGCUACAACAGAAGGUCUGACAACAACAACGGAAUUGACAACAACACCAGCAGGACCGAGCACAACAACGGAAGGUCCAACUCCUUCAACUACAACUUCAACCACACCCCCAGGUCACACCACUAUAACAGAAGGCCCAACUACUACGACUAAAUCUACAACAACAUCCGCAGGACCAAGCACAACGACAGAACGUCCAACUACUACCACUAAAGCUACAACAACACCUGUAGGACCCACCACUACAAGAGAAAGUCCAACUACAACAACAAAAUCUACAACACCAGCAGGUCCGAGCACAACCAUGGAAAGUCCAGCUACUACAACUAGAACUCCAACCACACCACCAGGUCACACCACUACAACAGAAGGUCCAACUACUACGACUAAAUCUACAACAACAUCCGCAGGACCAAGCACAACGACAGAAGGUCCAACUACUACCACUAAAGCUACAACAACACCUGUAGGACCCACCACUACAAGAGAAGGUCCAACUACAACAACAAAAUCGACAACACCUGAAGGACCGAGCACAACCACGGAAGGUCCAACUACUACAACUAGAACUCCAACCACACCGCCAGGUCACACCACUACAACAGAAGGUCCAACUACUACGAUUAAAUCUACAACAACAUCCGCAGGACCAAGCACAACGACAGAAGGUCCAACUACUACCACUAAAGCUACAACAACACCUGUAGGAUCCACCGCUACAACCGAAAGUCCAACAACUACAACUAAAUCUACAACCACACCACCAGGACCCACCACUACAACGGAAAGUCCAACAACUACAACUAAAUCUACAACCACACCUGCAGGGCCCACCACUACAACAGAAGGUCUAACAACAACAACGGAAUUGACAACAACACCUGCAGGACCGAGCACAACCACGGAAGGUCCAACUACUACAACUAGAACUCCAACCACACCACCAGGUCACACCACUACAACAGAAGGUCCAACUACUACGACUAAAUCUACAACAACAUCCGCAGGACCAAGCACAACGACAGAAGGUCCAACUACCACCACUAAAGCUACAACAACACCUGUAGGACCCACCACUACAAGAGAAGGUCCAACUAGAACAACAAAAUCUACAACACCUGCAGGACCGAGCACAACCACAGAAGGUCCAACUGCUACAACUAGAACUCCAACCACACCACCAGGUCACACCACUACAACAGAAGGUCCAACUACUCCAACUAAAUCUACAACAACAUCCGCAGGACCAAGCACAACGACAGAAGGUCCAACUACUACCACUAAAGCUACAACAACACCUGUAGGACCCACCACUACAAGAGAAAGUCCAACUACAACAACAAAAUCUACAACACCUGCAGGACCGAGCACAACCACAGAAGGUCCAACUGCUACAACUAGAACUCCAACCACACCACCAGGUCACACCACUACAACAGAAGGUCCAACUACUCCAACUAAAUCUACAACAACAUCCGCAGGACCAAGCACAACGACAGAAGGUCCAACUACUACCACUAAAGCUACAACAACACCUGUAGGACCCACCACUACAAGAGAAAGUCCAACUACAACAACAAAAUCUACAACACCACUAGGACCGAGCACAACCACGGAAGGUCCAACUACUACAACUAGAACUCCAACCACACCACUAGGUCACAUCACUACAACAGAAGGUCCAACUACUACGACUAAAUCUACAACAACAUCCGCAGGACCAAGCACAACGACAGAACGUCCAACUACUACCACUAAAUCUACAACAACACCUGAAGGACCCACCACUACAACAGAAGGUCCAACUACAACAACAAAAUCUACAACACUCGCAGGAACGAGCACGACCACGGAAGGUCCAAUUACUACCACUAAAGCAACAUCCACAACUGCAGGACCAACUACAACAAUGGAAGGACCAACUACCACCACGAAAGCUACGACCACAGCUGUUGGAACCACCUCUACAACAGAAGGUACAAGUAGUACAACUAAAUCUGCAACAACACCCGCAGUAUCCAGUACCACAAAAAAAUCUACAACAGCAGGAUCCCCCACGACAACUGAAGAACCAAGCAAUCUUACUACCACUCCAGGCUACACUACUCCUUGUCUCUGUGUAAUUAAUGGUCAGCACUACAGCCCAGGUGAAGUCAUUCUGGACAGAGAACACAUUGGAGCAGGAGUCUGUCUCACAAUCAUUUGUUCUGAUAUUUGCGAGAUUCAAAACAAGACUGGACCUUGUUGGACAACGCCCUUGCCUUCACCCACCCCUCCUGUUCCUUCGUGCCCUGAUUGGGACGUUGUCCAAAAUGAGACUUUCUGGUUGUGCAACUGCACAAUGGCAAGAUGCAUUGAGAACAACACAAUUGAAAUUAUUCCAUACGAAUGUCCACCCUUAAAGAACAUAACUUGCGCCAAUGGAAGGGAACCUGUUCUUGUUUAUGAUGAAAACUACUGCUGUCAGCAUUACGCUUGUGACUGUGAAUGUAAAGGCUGGGGAGAUCCCCAUUACAUCACAUUUGAUGGUCUCUACUACGACUAUCAAGGAAACUGUACAUAUGUCCUAAUGGAGGAGAUUACGCCAAAACACAACUUAAAGAUAUAUGUUGACAAUGUCUACUGUGAUGCCACUCAACAUGUUUCCUGUCCACGUUCAUUAAUUAUAUCCUACAAAUCGGACGUCAUUGUACUCAAAAGCCAAAACCUUGUUGGAGCAGCACAAUUGGAGGCCUUCAAAGAUGAAAAGCGUUUGAGACUCCCCUAUUUACAACAAGGCAUCAAAAUCUUCAAUUCUGACAUUGCCUUAGUUGUCGAAAUUGUGCCCAUCGAAGUGAUUAUUACGUUUGGAUUGAGUGACUUUACCAUCAACCUACCCUACAAGUAUUUCGACAGCAACACACAGGGUCAAUGUGGCACGUGCAACAACAACCAGGCAGAUGACUGCAUGCUUCCCGGAGGCCAGAUUGUGCACAGCUGCAGUGUAAUGGCUGACUUUUGGCCAGCUAAAGAUAUUUACCAACCAAACUGCCAGAUGCCAUCGGUGAUUCCGACAGAUGAACCUUUGCCCCCACCCACACUUACACCAUGCAAGCCCGAUUCUGAUUGUAAUCUGAUCUUGAGCAGUGUGUUUGAAGAAUGCCACCCCUCCGUCAACCCUGACAAAUAUUAUCAAGGAUGUGUUUUUGACAGCUGCCAUGUCUCUAACCCAGCAGUUGAAUGCACAAGUUUGCACACGUACGCCGAUGCCUGUGCUCAGGCUGGAGUUUGUAUACACUGGAGGAAUCAUACGACACAUUGUGAGAGUGAUUGCCCACCUGACAAAGUCUACAAACCAUGUGGUCCUGCAGAACAGCCAACCUGUGAAGACAGUCCAUUUACGCAACGGCUGAACUACAUUACUGAAGGCUGCUUCUGUCCUGAUGGAAUGAAGCUCUUCAACAAAGAGUCUGGCAUAUGUGUUGAUAAGUGCGGAUGUCUUGAUCCUGAGGGUAUUCCUCGUGAGUUCAAUGAAAGGUUCGAGUACAAGUGCCAAAACUGCAUCUGCGAGGAGACCACCAAGACCAUAACAUGCCAACCUAAAGUGUGCCCAACAAAACCUGUAGCAAACUGCACCGGUCCAGGCUUCAUUCUUGUCAACCAGACCAACCCGGCAGACCCGUGCUGCUUUGCCUUAGUUUGCCGUUGUCAAAGUAACAUGUGCCCACCUAUCGACAUGGAGUGUCCAAUUGGUUAUACCGUCGUUGUCAAUGUGCCACAAGGGAAAUGUUGUCCAGAACACACAUGUGAACCGAAACGAGUUUGUGUCCACAAAAAUGCAGAGUAUGAGCCUGGUGAGUUGGUUCCUGUGGCUCCAUGUCAGGAGUGUACCUGUACAAAUAUUGUGGACCCAAAUAAUGGUUUAUUACAAAUAAAUUGCGAGGUUCAGCAAUGUCAAGAAAUAUGUGAACAGGGUUAUAGAUAUACAGAACCCAGGACAAAUGAGUGUUGUGGAAGAUGUACACAGACACACUGCAUCUUCAAUGUUAGUGGUACUGAGCAGUUGCUGAGGCAAGGUGAUUCGUGGUCUCCACCGGAUGAUAAGUGUGAAAGUUACACAUGUGUGAGCAACGGUGAUACUUUUACAGCCAUCAGCACACGGAUUGUGUGUCCGCCAUUUCAGCCAAGCAACUGCCAACCUGGCACCAUUCAAACUUCAGCUAAUGGAUGUUGUCAAACUUGUGUGGAGCAGGAGAAGGCUUGCAAGCCCGUGCCUAACAAAGUGUACAUCACGCAUAAGAGCUGCCAAUCAUUCGAAGCGUUAGAUAUUCCAUAUUGUGAAGGAUCUUGUAACACUUAUACAAAAUACUCAGAGGAGACGUCCACCCUGCAGCCUACCUGCAACUGUUGUAAGGGGGUCAGAUCUAGCAACCGCACAGUCAAUUUACUUUGCCUGAAUGGUGACAUUGUUCCGUAUUCCUAUAUUCACGUUGACGAGUGUAAAUGCACCCUCAGCGACUGCGCCAGAACUGCAGCAUCUCCCGUUCGGCGGAGACGAAGCUUUACUCUCUUGUAAUUUCCAUUGUACCUUGAGCCAAGAGUUGUAACUAUAAUUGUCACACUUGAACAGUUGUCUAUACUCAAAAUUAAAUAAAA